AUGUCUGGAUCAGACAGCAAAGUCGAAGAGGUUGACGUAGCCAUCGUUGGAGGCAUGUUGCAGCAUACACAUCUUGGACGAGCAGAUGCCCUCAACGCCAGAACGCAGCAAUAUCUGGCGGUUGUUGGCAUCCUUGAUGAACUGCUUCCAUUGGGUUUGAAGUGCAACACGAGUUCGACAUUUGGAGACGGAGAUUUCAUCUCUCGCCAGAACAAGUGGUGGGUCAGCCUUGAACACACGCUUCACAAGAACUUCUUGAUGAUCGGACAACCAGUCAUUGAGAAGGUCUUAAGCAAUCGUCUGGAUGGGUUGAUCCAUUACGGGGAGCAAGUGGAGACUCUGCUCGAGACAGACGACUUUGUCGAACUGGUGACAAAGAGCGGCCGUACAGUCCGCUCCAAGUAUGCCCUUGGAGCAGACGGAGCCAAGUCGACAGUACGAGCAGCCAUAGGAGCGACCUUUACCGGAACCAAGCCGGAGAUGCUGUGGGCGGUGCUUGAUACCUUCAUCAACACGGACUUCCCCACAUGCCCCGAAAUCAUUACUUUCCAGUUGAACGGCCAGUCUAGAGUGUCUUGGAUUCCGCGAGAGAGGGGUCUUUGUCGUUUCUAUGUGCUCCUUGAAGGAGAGGUGACGCAAAAGCGCGCUGAGGAGUCUAUCAAGAAGCACUUGGCUCCAUACCGCACCGAGUUUAUCAAGACUGAAUGGUAUAGCACUUUUGAUGUCAAGGAGCGAAUAGCAAGCUCUUUCAUCUCCAAGGAUGGCGCGGGCCGCGUGUUCUUGGCCGGGGACGCUGCCCACGUCCACUCAGUCAACGGGGGUCAAGGCUUGAACACUGGCAUUGCCGAUGCCUUUAGUCUUGCCUGGCGUCUGGCCCUUGUCAUGAAUCAGACCUCGGGCUCGCGUCUUCAGAAGGGCGCAGGGAAGAUCCUCCUCCAAAGCUACGACAUUGAGCGCAGACAGACUGCCCAGGGGGUCAUUGACGUUGCUGCCGCGCUGGUCCGUGAUACCGUUCACACAGCCAAGCAAUAUGUUGGCACAAUCGAAAAGAACGCGGGAUACAUCACAGGAAUGGGCGUCGCCUACGACGGCAUGGAAUCACCUGCGGUGCAAGAGUCAGAGCACGGAUUCUGGAGGGCCGGUAAACGCUGCCCAGACGUGGUUUUGUCAAAGCUCGAGGUAGAUGGCGACGUCUGGCUCUACUCCCAGGUCACUUAUGGCAAGUAUCUAAUGUUAGCCAUUGGAAACCAUCCCGAACAGGUGCUUGCCUACGAGGACGUUGCCGUUCUAUUCAACGUCCUGCCGUCAUCGGCAAGGGCCGAGGGCGUGGCCACUUCCAAGGCGAACACGUUCACGGCGGACUGGGCCGAGCCGAACGAUUCCUUUGCAGUCCUGGUUCGACCUGACAUGUACAUUGGCUACGUGGGAGCCGACAUUGAGAGCUGCCAACGAUACCUGGAUAGGUUCUUCAUCCGAUGA